AUGAAGGUUGGUGAAGACAUAGAAAACACUCCCUUGAAAGAGCAGAAAAAGACAGUGCAAAUGAAAAAGGCCCCGUUUUCAUCAAUGUUUCGGUAUGCUACCAAAGUUGAUUAUCUAUUUAUCCUGAUCGGUACAGGAGGAGCUAUGCUUAUGGGAGCAACCCAGCCGUUCUUUUUCUUUUUGAUGUGCAGCAUCUUUGGAGAAAUGGGCCCAGACACCACUCAUGAAGAGUAUUACGACAACGCUGUAACUCUAACCUAUGCCAUUCUUGCAAUUGGUGGAAUUUUUACUAUAGCUAGCUACUUAGCUGUUGCUAGCUACAUUCAUGUUGGGUCAAGGAUGUCCUUUCACUAUCGCAUUGCUUACUUCAAAGCUGUGAUGGAUUGCGACCCAGAAUGGUUCGACCUUAAGCAAAUUUCAGAAAUUCCUCAGUCAAUUACCUCAGACACUUUGAAAAUUGAACGAGCAACUGGUGAUAAGCUGGUGAUUUUGAUUUUUACUGCCAGUAUGAUCCUUGCCUCAUUUAUUCUUGCUCUUGUGCGUGGAACCCAGCUCACACUAAUUUGCUUUCUUUUUGGGCCUCUGGCUGGAGGUGGAAUGUAUUUAACGAACAGUGGGAUGGAGCAAAGUGCCAAGGCUGCUGACACUUCAUACAAGACUGCAGGAGGAAUUGCAGAAGAAGCUCUUCAGGAGGUUAAAACUGUCAGCGUCCUCAAUGGGCAAAAGCACGAAACGAAAAAAUAUUCAGAAGCUAUAGAAGAGUCAAGAAAAGCCAUGCUUGUGAGCGGCCUAAAAAUUGGAUGUGGCACAGGGAUAGGAAUUGCCUCAUUUUUAUUUUUAUGUGGGGUUAUUUACAUUGUUGGAGCUAUUGUUGUGGACAGAAAUGAAGACAACUGGGCAGAUGGUGAGCCCUAUGAUAUUGGAAGAGUAAUGAUGGUCAUCUGGAUCACAAUUAUGGCCUUCAAUAAUAUAGGCACAUGUGUCCCUAGUCUCAAAAUCGUGCUUGAUGGAAGAACUGCAGCUUAUAAUAUUCUUCAAGUUUUGAAUACGAAGAGCAGUCUUGACAAUGGAAAACUUUCCACUGAAAUCAAAGGCUCAAUUGAGUUUACCGAUGUCAAGUUUAGCUACCCAUCUUCUCCAAGCUCUGAAAUCCUCAAAGGAAUAAGCUUUACUCUAGAGCAAGGUCAAAGACUUGGAAUUGCAGGGAUGACCGGAUCAGGAAAAAGCACAAUUAUCCAGCUCUUAUUAAGGUUUUAUGAGCCAAGUUCUGGCUCUAUUCUGAUUGAUGGGACUGAUAUUCGCGAAUUUUCUAUUAAAUACUUAACUCCUCUACCUUCAGCAAACAAAACCAUUUUUCAAGAAAAAUUCACGAACAAAAAUUGUUUAUGAAAAAAGUAUUUUGAUAUAUAAGUGAUAAUUAGUAUAAUGAAAUCCCUAGCUAAUUUUUUUUAAUUUUAAACAGCUUGCAUUUCAAAACAUUAAUUUUACAAAUUAAAUUUUCUUUAAAAUCAUUUCGAAUUAGGAUUUUUUAAAUUUUGAAAAAAACUAACCUCCGUGUGAGCUAACAAAUUUUUUUUUGUUCGAUCAUAGAGGGGAAAGUAAGGGAAAAUAUCGGACUAGUAAGUCAAGAGCCCUUGCUUUUUAAUACAACCAUCUAUGAAAACAUCAGAUAUGGAAAGAAAGAUGCAAAAGUAAAAGAAAUUGAGAAGGCGGCCAAAGAGGCUGGAAUUUUAGAUUUUAUUGAAAAUCUUCCUGAUAAGUUUGAUACCAGCGCAGGGGCCAAGGGAUCACAAUUAUCAGGAGGGCAAAAACAAAGAAUCGCAAUUGCUAGAGCAAUCAUUCGUGACCCAAAAAUUUUAUUAUUAGAUGAAGCUACAAGUGCAUUAGACAGAACCACAGAAAUUUCUGUCAUGGAGGCUUUAGAUAGAUCGUUACUUCUCCCAUCCAUCAGCGAAAAAAACAUUUCAAAAAUGCCUAUAUUUUUUGCUCAAAAGCCUAUCCAUAAGCGAACACACAAAAUUUUUUAUGAAAAAAUUUUGAAAUAUAAGUGAUAAUUAGUAAAUGAGAUCUUUAGCCAAUUCUGUUUAAUUUUAAACAGCUUGCAUUUUAAAACAUAAAUUUUGCAAAUUAAAUUAAUAUUUGCUUUCCAAUUUUUGCAAAAAUGGAUUUUUUAAAUUUAGAAAAAAAAUUACUUUAAAAUUUUCUGAUAAGAACUCAGUAUGAUAUAAAAAUACAAAUUCUGAUGAUUCUCAUUUUCUUCAUGUAUCUUCUCUGAAUUUUCAAUUUCUUAAAAGCCAUAAUUCAGCACAACAGCUGCCACACUUUCCAAUUCUGCACCAUCUGCUCUAUGAUCUAUGAGAUUUUUGUCAAAAAUUUUCAUCUGAAUAAUUUUCUUAUUUUUGGAAUUAAAUGUCAUUAUGUCUUCAUAAAAUUAUUUUAUAUAUAAAUUUUUUUAAAAAAUAAAAAUCACCUUCGUAAUCGAAUAAAAUUUUUUAUUCGCUCAGAGAGGGGGAGCUAGGAAAUUGCACAAGGCUAACUGUUGCACAGAACCUCCUAACGAUUAAAAACUCUACAUUCAUCUUAAUGAUGGAGCAAGGAAAAGUCGAAGAGUUUGGAAGCCAUAGGGAUUUGAUGAAAAACAAAGGAAAAUAUUACCAUUUGGUUAAGAUGCAGAGAAUUCAUGAAAAAAAUAUUGACGAAAAUGAAAUAAACCCCAUCAUUGAGCUCGCAGACUUUAAACCUGAAGAAGCAGCAAAAAAUAGCAAAGAUGAUGAAGAAAAGAAGGCAGUACGCAAAAAAAUGCUUAAAAUGGGACGCUCUGAGUGGGGAUGGCUUGCUUUAGGAGUGCUUGGAUCAAUUUUGGUAGGAUGCGCUUAUCCAAUUGUGGGCACAAUGACUGGUCAGGAAAUUGAAACUAUUGCUUAUGAGCACUCAGAUAUGGUUGAGAAGAGCACACUUUAUGGUGGGAUGAUCUUUUUGUUAAGCGGAAUUGUAUUUUUCGGGCUAUUGAUGCAAAGCGUUAGCUACCCGAAAAUGACUUCGAACAUUACUGCACGAAUGCGAGACAUGAGUUUCCGAGCAAUGCUCUCGUAUGAAGCUGCAUUUUUUGACUUACCAGAAAAUAAUUGCAGUGUUCUUUCAUCUCGACUAAGUAACGAUUGCGAAAGAGUUAAUGGGCUCGGUGGCAGCGUGCUAGGAAUCACAGUUGGCAUUGUGACUUCAUUAGCAGUUGCACAUGGAGUUGGUGCUUAUUUCUCUUGAAGAUUAACACUUGUGAUUCUGGCAACAGUGCCUUUAAUUAUUUUUGCUACUUCAUCAACAUAUAUGGCGCAAUUUGUCGGCCUGGUGAAGUUCGAUUUCGAAUCAUGCGCCUCAUAUGCUGCUGAUGCUAUAGCUCAUACACUGAUAUUGAUUGCCAUUAUUGAAAACAUAACUGUUAUAACGAACUUCAUUAUGCAUACCCCUUAUGAAUUGAAAAAAUAUAUUAUAAGUUUUAAGUAAAUCUCAUUAAUUUCAAGUCAUUUCAUUCUAGUUCUGGACUACUCCUGGAAGAUUCUGGGCAGGAGAAGGGAGGGAAAGCACGGUUGUGCCUAGAUGGUGUCAGCUGUUACCACACCACGAGGUCCAAAUGAUGAUGAUUUUAUCUGAAAUUAUAUUUUGAUCGGACUGGAAUUUUAUCAGAAAAUUAUUGGAGCAGCCUCUUAGAAGGCAGAAGUAAUUUAACAUAAUUCUCUAAUUCUCUAACUCUUAUUUAGUUCUGCAUUAAUUCUUCAAAAUUUAUUUUAAAAUAAUGUCCAUAUAAUGACUAUGCACUUAUCUCUUAUUCUAUAAACAGAAAAAAUAAUUAAAAUGCAUAUUAGUGCCAGGUGUCUUAAUUUAAUAAUGUGAUAUUUUUAAAUUGGCUCAUUUAAUUGCCAACCAUUUUUUGAUAUGUCAGUUUAAUCCCAAAGGCUGUAAGAGCUAUUUUGCUACUUUUAAAGCAUGGUGAGAAAUUAGUCUCAAGCUAACUGCAAACAUUUUUUCUAAAUAAUUUUUAAAGAAUUAAUGCAAAGCUCAUAAUUAAAAUGGCGAAGUCUGAAAGAAGACGUGGUAGCCAUUUUCUAGCAAGGGCUAACCGAAUUGGUGAAAAACGCUAAAGUAACUAAACGUGAGAAUGAAGUUCUUGGUAGGGUCCAAACAUUUUAAUUGCCCUUGGCACGGAAAGACAAGCUGCUUUAGCACAAUAUUCUGUAUAGAUCUCGAUAACAGGUUUUACUCCCUCUGUGAGGUUUUGCCUUGCAAGCGUAUGAACUGGAGCAGGUUUCGGCCUGGUACUAGUAGGGGUGACUCGCUCGACAUCCGCUAAGACCAUGAGUUUAGGUGGUGCAAGCUAGAGAGAUGACAAAUGUAAACUUCUACUUCUGGGAUUCAUCUAGCUAUCUUAAUCUUCUAAUGCAAAACUAGCAUGAAAUAACUUAAAAUUAAUGCAAUUGAAUAAAAAUUUUUCGAAUAUUUCUUCAAAUAUUGAUGGCCUGGCAGAAAGAGUGUGCCAUGAAGUCCAUUAUAAGUGUUAUAUGAUCAAUAAUGAUGAUCAAUAUGAGUGAAUGAACUAUAUUCUCAAUAUAAAAACUGUUAAGGCUUUCAAUUUAGAAGAUAUAAUGUUUGAAAGAUACAUUGAGCCUGUCAAAGCAGCAUCGGCAGCAAUCAAAACUAAAGCCCAUGUUUCAGGGCUUUCAUAUGGUUUAGGUUUUGGCCUUGUUUUUAUGGCCCAAGGGCUAAUAUUCUGGUAUGGAGCAAAGUUAGUAAAAGACAAUACAAAUAGUUUUGGAGACAUGUCGACUGCAAUGAUCACAGCAAUGAAUGCGUCUGCAGCAUUCUUUUUAGCAGGAAUUUAUGCUCCAGAUGUAAAAAAUGGGGUGGAAGCGGCGAAAAGACUCUUUAAAAUCCUCGAGUAUACUCCAUCCAUCGAUGUUGGAAGCAAAGAAGGCACUAAAAAACCAAUUGAAGGCAAAAUUGAGUUCAGCAAUGUAACAUUCAGCUAUCCAAAUAGAAAUUAUCAAGCACUCAAAGAGGUCAGCUUCACUGUAAACCCAGGAACUCAUUUCGCCAUUAUAGGCAGAACUGGAUCUGGCAAGACAACAGUUGUUCAGCUUAUUCUUAGACUCUAUGACCCAUCAGUUGGAACCGUAUUUAUUGAUAAUAUUGAUGUAAAAAGCUUGAACCUAAAAGACUUCCGAAAACAAAUAGGAAUCGUCAGCCAGGAGCCUGUCCUUUUUUCAGGGACAAUUGCCGAAAACAUUGCCUAUGGAAUCAAAGCAUCUGAUGAGCACGUCAAAGAGGCAGCUGAAAAAGCUCAAGCAGUGGAAUUUAUCUCAACAAAGCCUGAUGGCUUUGAUUAUCAAGUUGGAAUCAAAGGAUCAAAGCUGAGUGGAGGCCAAAAACAAAGGAUUGCAAUUGCUAGAGCAAUCAUCCGAAACCCCAAACUCUUAAUCCUGGACGAAGCUACAAGUGCUUUAGACUCUGGGACCGAAACUGAGCUUCUUGAAGCUCUUAAAGAACUGAUGAAAGAAAGAACUUGCAUAACGAUUGCACAUAGACUUAAGACUAUCUCAGAUGCUGAUAUCAUCAUGGUCCUGGACUCCGGAAAAGUGAUCGAGUUUGGAUCUAGAGAUGAUCUAAUGAGUCAGGGCGGUUAUUUUUAUAAUAUGAUCAGCAAUCUUUAA